CAGAGUAAUAAAAAAAGCGAUUGCAUAAAUUUUAAAUCCAAUGUCCAAAUUCCUGAGUCCUCACAUUACCAAAUUUUAUAUAUGGGGAGGCGACCAUUUCCGGUCCGGGAUCAUUCACGGUAAAAUCUGGGUAUCAUUUCCGGUAAGGGGAUCACAGUGUGGGCCGAGAUCAUUUGCGGGCCUGUACAGACCUAGGAUCGAGUGUAACAUCAGGAUCGAGUGUAGCAUUGGUGUAUAAAAGAAUAAAAUUUCCACGAGAGUAUGCCAAUUAUUCGCCAUUUUGAUGAUAAACUAAGAUAACGGCGGUCGCACCUACAACCAAGAUACAUGAGGCGUAAACGCUUGAAGAUAAAAUAACCACCACCACAGGUCAAAUUGUGGAUAUAAUGUCUAUAAUGUAUUUGACGAAAAAAAGAGUAACAGGACACCAACAUAACUAUAAGAAGCUAAACUGAGGUGCCCAUUAAAUAAUACAACUAGUUGUACCUAUCGGUAAGUGCCAACGAGUGAAUUGAGUUAGUAAACAAGAGUCGAUUGAAUUUUGUAAUAUUUAUUUGGUAUACUUCUAGUAUAACAGGUGUUAAAAACAAUUUUUUUUUAGCUAAUGUUUCAACUUAUUGCUGUAAUUGAACACAACGUUGUUUAUUUUUCAACUCAGUGAGUGAACAAAACGCGACACACUUUUUUGUUACACUUCCAGUAUAACAGGUGUUAAAAUUAAUUUAUUUUCCCUCGUUGGGCGAUUAUUUUGGUAAGUACUUAAGUAAUUUGCCUACCAUUCUGCUUUUUGAGGCGUAUACAUCUUGGAUUUGUUGUGAUUGAGUCAUACAAUUGUUAAAGCUGAACAAGAGCCGAGUUGUUUUCUGGAAUAAAUUCGAGUGUUGUGUAUUUGAUUCAGGGUAACGCUCAGGAUUUGUUCGCCAUCCAUUCAACGAUUUAUUUCGGUAAGUAGUUUGUCAGACAUUCUGGUUUUUGAAGGUGAAUGUAACUUCGAUUUGUUGCGAUUGAAUCGCAUAAUUGGAAAACCUCAUUCACGUGUUUAUUCGAGCGAAAGCGCUCUUUGAGAGUAAAUUUCAAUCAAAGUGUUGACAGAGCCAAAGAAGCUCAAAUCGAACCAACGAGUUCACUUCUGACGACCUCUGCGCAAAGUUCUUGAAAUUAAAAGAAACUUCAAACCAAACAUAUACCAUUAAUCACUUAAAAACGUACCGCGAAUCACCGAAUUGAUUGCAAAUAAUCCUUUAAAAACACCUUCAAAUUAAACAAACAACAUUGAUAAUCUUCGUCACAUUACGUGUAAGCUUGUUUUACACUGUCUCUGCUCAAAUUUUUGUCUCCGUGAAAACGCGUUAAAUCGAAGUUACAUGCACCUCAUUGAUCCAUUACUAACUUAUUUUAAUUUACAUUCACCUUUAAAAAGCAGACGCUGUGUCUCUAUGUCCGGCAGCCGGACAUGUUUUUCAAAAUAAUCCGUGUCCGAAACCGGAAGGCCGCGGGCGGUUGCCGUGGCGCAGUGGUAAUGGGUAUCGCUUGCCAUGCCGGUGACCUGGGCUCGAUUCCUCUUGGGGUCGCCUAUCAGAGAGUUCUUUCUACGUUGUUUUACUUUUCAAAGAAAAAGUCUCACUGCCGGACACAGAGUAUUUUAAAAAACCUGUCCGGCUGCCGGACAUGUAGCCACAGCGAAAAGCAGAAUUUCAGACAACCUACUUACCGAAACUGAAUUCGUCGAACGGAUGGCGAACAAAUCCCGAGCGUUACUCUGGAUCAAAAAAACAACACUCGAAUUCAUUCCAGAAAGCAACUCGGGUCUCGUUCAGCUUUAACAAUUGUACGAUUCAAUCACAACAAAUCCAAGAUGUAUACGUCUCAAAAAGCAGAAUUGUAGCCAAAAUAAUCGCCCAACGAGGUUCCGCACGAGGGAGAGCUGAACAAAUAUCGAAGCCUCGUCACGCCACAAAGAAUACUAGUGUUCUGAUUGGUUCGUGCGAUAUAUCGACAACAUCCGGCUACAAUUAGACCCGUGGCCCUUAAGGGCGAAGGGUCUAGUCCACUAGUUGGGUGAUACUAAAUUCUAAUAUGCCCCAAAAAAUAUCACUGACUGAAACGGAUUACACGAAAAUCGAGAUGAAAGAUCUGAGAUUUUUUCUGCAUAGCCAUCAAACUACGCACGGCUCUAUAUCCUGCCGCCUCGACAGGCUCGCAUUUUCGCUCGCCUAUCUCGUUGGCAAUUAUUAAAAACCUUCGGCGGUACACUCGGUAUACUGUAACCUUAAAUCAAUGCUUCUUUGUGUUGUAAUUACGCUGAUUUUAUAAAAUAUAUUAUAAACAAAUUAUCCUAUAAAAAAAUCCUGAUAUCACCCGAAAACUCGUGACUAAAAACGGCACGUGCAAGACGCAAGAGCUCGCGUGAGUCUCACAGCACGUGACAAAGUACUUAUAAAAGAGUUCCUUGGCUAUGAUUACGUAAUUACGACCCUCGUGGUGUUUUGUUUGACUUGCUUAGAUUUCAUUUUCCAAAUCCGAUGCCAGUAACGAAUGUGAAUAAUUAUUUCGAACCAACGAGACAAGGCAACAGAAUACUGAGGACGCCAUGAAAAACAUUCAAGGCCAAGAACGUGACUAUGCAAGCGGAAAUGACGAAGGAUGUAAGCCUAAAUGGCGCCCAGACAGCUGCUGGUCGUGGUUAGUAUGUGCUGCCUCAACGCUGUCAGUCCUUAUUGUGACGGGGAUCAGUUACAGCUUUGGGUUGAUGCUACCUCCUUUGAUGGACAACUUUGAUGGGACAAGGCAAUCGACAGCUUGGAUCGGUUCUUUGAACUUGGCUUCUGGUUUCCUUUUGAGUCCUUUGGGUUCUUAUAUGACCGAUCGUUUCAGCCACAGGUUCACCGCCAUUCUGGGCUCGCUAUCAGGGAUAGUCGGUUUCCUACUCGCAACACUGUCUUCCAAACUGUGGAUGAUGUACCUGACGUAUGGACUGUUGUCUGGCUUCGGAUAUCGAAUGAUCUACAACUCUUCUUCGUUAGUAGUUGUGGAUUACUUCGUCAAAUGGCGGUCAUUGGCCGUGGGAAUAGUGACCUCAUCGACCGCCGUUGGGAUGUUUGUAAUGAGUCAAGUCACCGGAGUCCUGUUAAAUGCAUUUGGAUGGCAAGCAACUCUGAGAGGAUUUGCCGCUUUGUACUUUGUAUGUGGUUUGUGUUCAACAGUGUUUGUACCACUGGACAAGUUUAAAGAGGAUACAGUCUACAACAAAUCAUCAAAGGAGAGUAUUCAACCGAAGAAAACAGGAAACUUCUCUCUGUAUAGGAAUCGUUCCUUCUUGGUCCUGUUGUCUUCCUUAGUUGUCGUCUAUUUUAGUAACUUCAUUCCAUCCAUUCACAUAAUCAAACAUUGCAAACAAGAACUUCAUAUUCCAGCAGAGAAAGCUUCCAUGCUGUUCACGUACUUGGGGAUAUCAUCGUUCUUUAGUCGCCAUUUAUUCUGCAAGCUGGGUGACCUAAAAUACUUCAACAGAUUUUACCUUUACCAAGGCGGUAUGACCAUCAUCGGUCUGUGCGUCUUAUGUCUGCCCCUGGCAAGAUCAUUUGGGUCUGUUGUGGCCCUUUUUGCAGUUUUUGGACUCAUGGACGGUGCUAUGAAUGGGCAAUUCUCUUUGCUGAUUUUGAAAUGUGUUGGUAAACACAAGCUCAAUCAAGCAUGGGGCCACGUUAUGUUUUUCCUUGGUUUAAGCGUUUGCAUCGGACCUCCACUGGCGGGUCUGAUGACUGACAAGCUUGGCUCGUACAACCUUACGUUUUGCACGGCGGGCGCAAUACUGAUAGUUGGAGCUUCGAUAACAUCACUUAUGGCGUUUGUAAAACAACCACCUGAAGAUGCUGAAGAAAUCUUUGAAACGCCAUCUUACGGCGAAAAGCUUCUGGUUACAGAAAAAGUUACAGCGGUUUGAGCUUUGAUAUAGGUUAAUAAAAAGUUUUAAUUGCAGAAGGGACUGACCGAGUAUUAUUGACGAUCGUUCUUACAACUGAGUAUUCGUUUCCACAACUUAUUACUGGACGUCAGGACGUACUUUUAAUUUUACGGUGCCGCUGAUGCAACAGUUCACAUCUGGGAAACUGCACACGGAGAGCACCUCCCAUUAUUCAAUAGCUAUUUUGUCAAGACUUGAAGCAAGCAGAAAUGCAGUAGAAGUAGUAAAUAGACUGGGACAUGGUUACUUGAGAACUGUAGGGACGGGUUACGUUAUUUUAUUUUGCUAAGAAUCGGUGUUAUUCGGAAGAUUUUUAAGUUCAGCAGCGACAGGCCAAAAGAAAAAAAAAACUGAUUUCACUUUGAAUAGAAAAAACAGAGUUAAUAAUGAUAUUCAGGUUAGUGAGGGAUUCGUGUUUACAGCGAAUGUCAGUAAAACUCAAAGAAAAUUCUGCAGUAAAAAAGGGGCCACGGUCGAAAAAUCGAUUUUGCUCAUACUUUGCCAGUUUGAAGGCCUAAGUAAGUAACUGAAGGAUAUCACGUUAGUUUUUUGAAAUAUCUAAUAUAACUGCAGAAAUUCACGAAAAACGGUCAUCGUACCGAAAGCUCAGAUUUCACUUCGUGAUAAUCCGAAAUUUUACACAUAGAGCGAUUAUUUAAUUUCUUUUGUUUUCCGAGCGAACUGAGCCCCGAUUAAGUAGACACUUUUGUCUAAUUAAAACAAAACUCAAAAAUUAUGCAAAUUCGGUGAGGAAAAAUACCGACCGGUAGUGCUUCAAAUGGUCUGAUAUUCUAGCCAAAGACAGUUCAGUCAAUGAAUUUUAGGUUUACAGUUUCAUUUUUGUGGGAUGUACUAGCAAUUGUGCAUGAACGCCGAACAAAAUGCGAGAAAUUUGCAAUUCAGCCCCUUUGAAACCUGCAAUGUAACGCAACGCGCUAAAAUAGGUUAAAACAUUUUUGUCCUCUUGAGACAGGACAAUUAAAGUAGAUUUAUGUCUUUAACGUCUGAAACGCUUUAAAAUUAGCAUUGCACUUAAAAAAAAAGAAUCACCGACAAGAGUUACAAAAAAGAGAAAAAGAAACACGAAACUUUUAAAUCGCCCUCUAUCCCUCUCGCUGCCCAGCGUCACACGAAAAGACGACGCCAUGCCCGUUCGUUCUUCAAUAUACGGCGGGAUUUGUGGCGUAAACAAACGCAGCUACGGUCAUACCGCUCAUACAGUGUACCCGGCGUAUCUAAUCGAACGUUCGGUAAUCGAACCCAGUCGAACGAUUGGUGUACAAUUGGGUUCGGUAAUCGUAUUUAAAAAUAUUAACACUGAUAAAAAACGAAGAAAUGGAAAGGAAACUGCCUCAAUGUUACAAGUGUAUAUUUUGCGGAAAUUUUGUACUUUGAACCGUCCCCCUAAUCCCCCGGAAUCCGUUGUUAGCGAUUUGAUAGGACGAUUGCCACAUCCGCAUAAAUAAACAAUAGCCUCUAUUUAGCGCGAAAAUAUGCUAGGAUUUUUGUCCACG